GAUGACUUCCGAGGGUGCCGCGAACUGUCCAGUCACAACUACAUAUACCACACAACUCAACAACCGCCACACAUAUCGCAUCCAACAUGUCGGACUUUCCUCCCAAGCCCGUUGAUACCAUUGACUGGAGCAACAUCGGCUUCAAGAUCCGUGAAGUUGCCGGACAUGUCGAGUCACACUACUCUGUCGAGACCGGGAAAUGGACAGAGCCAACUUUCGUCGAGGAUCCCUUCCUGAGGAUUCACGGCAUGGCUCCGGUCCUGAACUACGGCAUGCAGUGCUACGAAGGCAUGAAAGCUUUCCGUUCGCCAGACGACACCAUCAACAUCUUCAGGCCAAACAUGAACGCCGAGCGCAUGCAGCACUCAGCCUCGUACAUAUCGAUUCCUGAAGUACCCGUUGACCACUACCUCAAGUGCUGCAGCUUGGCGGUAGGCAUGAACGCAGCCUAUGUCCCGCCCCAUGAGACUGGUGCAGCCAUGUACAUCCGUCCUCUUCUGUUCGGCAGCUCGGCACAGUUGGGCCUUAACCCACCCCAGGAGUACACGUUCGUAGUCUACUGCGUGCCCACUGGAGUCUACCACGGAAGCAACCCUGUCGACGCUCUGAUCCUUGAGGACUUUGAUCGUGCCGCACCAGUGGGAACCGGCUCGGCAAAGAUUGGCGGCAACUACGCCCCUGUCCUGGUACACAGCGAGAAGGCAUACAAGGCAGGCUACGGCAUCACACUGCACUUGGACAGCAAGACCCGUAGCGUAGUCGAUGAGUUCUCCACGUCAGCCUUUAUUGGUGUGAAGAAGGAUGGUGACAAGGUCAAGCUGGUUGCCUCUGGCAGCAAGAACGUCAUCAAGAGCGUCACUGGAGACAGUAUCCUCAAGAUCGCGGAGUCUUUCGGCUGGGAGACGGAAUCAAGAGAGAUCCCCUACGAGGAGAUCAAGGAGUUCGACGAAGUCCUUGCCGCAGGAACAGCAGCAGCUGUGGUCCCCAUCAAGUCAAUCACUCUGGUAUCGAAGAACGACAAGAUCACCUUUGCUGCAGCAGAGAAGGAGCCUGGCCCAGCUUGCGUCAAGCUGCUCACCACUCUGCGUGGUCUCCAGCAAGGCAAGAUCGAGGACAAGCAGGGUUGGCUGUACAAGGUCGAGAGGCCCGCGCAGUUUGGCAAGACAGAGGUCAACGGCGAAGCCAAGGCUGUUGGACAGCUGCCUUGAUCGGCUCUGAUGACGAAGUAAAUGAGGAAUGACGACGAUCUCCGACAUCAACUCCAAAAGCACAGAACGAUAGAAUGCACAGACCAUGAACAUCAAG